UUCAUGGCCACAAAUUUACGCCAUGAAUACUGUGAAUAUCGAAUAUAUUUCGUAAAAAAAUCAAUAUAAAUUUUACUUCAGUUUGUUGAUAUCGACGAUAUCGACUUCCAGACAACAAAAUCUCAGUUACAGAGCAGAUGGUCCGGAUUUGAACACCCUUUCAAUGAAAUAAUCAAGUUUACAGUUUGUGUGUCAGAAAGUAUAAGCAAAGAGUAUAUAGUUUGUGCAAAAAGUGAUCAGACGAACAUGCACAAGUUUACUCAUCUUGAACUAGAGCCAUACAAGACCUACUACCAGACUGUAAUUGCCGAAACUGAAGCAGGGAGUGUAAGCAGUGUUUCUGAUGGGGUGACUGUAGUAGUCGUUGGCGAUCUGAUUAGGGGAAUAAGCGUGCUUGAUGGCCCAUUGUGUAGUACCUCUGUUAACAAUGUCAGCUCUUCAUCGCCAGUUAAACAUGAGGUCAAGAGUAGAGUAUGUUUAAAAGAUGUUGACUUUCAAUUGUCAACUAACGUGUUACAAGCUCACUGGACAAUUCCAUACUGGAGAAAACACAUUUUAAAAGAUAUAUUCUGGGUAGUCGAGAAAAAGGAUCGAUAUUACGACAAAUGGAAAGCCCUGAGUGAAUAUCAACCUAUGAAUGCAACCACUACACAUUUACAUGCAAGUGAUUUGACGUUAUUUGCCGGGAGAAGAUAUCGGGUAUCGUUAAAGUUUUGUGCUGGCAAAUUUUGUUUCAAGCCUGUGCAAAGUGACGGUGUAUUUGUUGUGCCAAAUGACCCCAAAACAGGAAAACUGUCAGUAACUGCAAACAGAACACAGAUUGAAAUCACCCUGGAACGAUUUGUGGAUUCUGAUAUUGAAAGUGUUGACAAAGCAAGAGAUGUCCUAAGUCACUAUGAAUGGGCGUUAGCAGAUAAAUCUUUUUCGAACCAUUAUCUAACGGAAUGGAAACGUUUACCACCACCUCAUUCUCAAAACGAUAAGUUGGUUAGAAACUAA